AUGUGCCAAACCACCGUCGGUCGGCCAAAUAGGUACCUCGCAUGUACAGCAUCACAAGACACCAACCCAUCAGCCCGCUUAUUACUACAGGCGCUGGAGCACCACACAGCGCAAGUUGCCCAGCAGGCUCCUGGCUUACGAGAGAAUGUGAGAUGGGGCGAGAUAAGCCUGCGGUCCAGUUACCCAGUGGUCAAACAUCGUGACACAUAUUGGGAAUUGGGGGAGGGGGGAGAACCUCAGGGUCAGAAAUGUGAACAGAGAGGCGGUCCUCGGUGUGACGAGCUUGCUUUGCCCGCCCGCUAUACCGUGAAGCGGGACCAAACUAGUUGCGAGCCACAAGGCACAAGCCUGGGCAGUGAAGCCGCCACGCGACAGAAGUAUAACCCUCUUGCCCCCCUCCAUUCGCCCACCAAGGUUCACCCCGAAAAAGCCAAAAACGGGGAGUUCCGGUUGAAGGGGUGCCUCGGCUUGUCAUCGUCCUUGAUGGCAAGAUUGCGCUUUGAGCCUCCCGCAGCGUAG